AUGACUACUGAAGAUUUACGUCUUAUAGUUGAGAAUUGGAAUGGCAUGUUAUUUAACAAUGUUAUUGUUCUUGCUUUAGAACAGGUUGUGGAAAUUUCUGACCCACGUUGUACAACACAUAUCUGCUGUAAACCUGAGAUAAUUAACAUAAUUUUAAAGAGGAUAAGUGCUGGUGGCUUGAAGAACAUGUUGGCUUCAGCUGUCGUAGCAGGGGUUGCUGAAGCUAGAGCAAGAACAUUUGGACAUGUACUUAACCCAACAGGGCAGAGAUCACCACAUAAGCUUUUACGCAAAAGGCUCAUUGGUGACAAGGUUGCAGAAUGGUACCCGUACGACAUCAAGAGUGAUGAUCCACUUGUCAUGGCCCGUCAAGAAGAAGAGCGCCUAUCCAAGCUUGAAAUGUUGAAGAGGCGUGGUAAGGGACCACCCAAGAAAGGUCAAGGAAGGCGUGCUGUUAAACGCAGCAAGUAGAGGCAUUACCUUCCCAACUGCUUGAUCAGUUUUGCUAGAUCAAAUACUUGUUUGUUGAUACUCAGUUUGGAUGUCAACAUCUGAUGGGGGUGCCACUUUUACAAAGUACAAUUGCAAUCUCCUAAUGAAUCAUCUGAGAGCUGCAAGAGAAAGGUUUUUCUGACUUGUUUUCUGGAUUAUUGGAAGACACCGGUUGGGAUUAGUAUUUCAUUUAUUUUAAGAUGCUACAAAAUAAUGUAGUGAUAAAAAUUUUCUGAGAUAUUGGUGCUACUUCUGUAUUUAACAUCUCCUUUGGAUAUCAAGCAGAUGCAGUGACAUAGAAAAAUGAGGAAUUUGGAUAUGUUUAUUAAUCAUAUUGAUCAUGUUCUGUCUGUUCCUGCACUUUUGUACCGUAGAAUGGAUCCUAUGAGCCUAGAGGAACCUUAUGGCAUCCAAAAACUACAUUGCCAGAGGUUGUGAGGUGUCUGUUAAUUGUAAUCAUGCAACUCAGCUGUACGUUUUCUCUCCAAAUAGGGCACUUACAUGAACUCGAUAUCAAAUAUUGCUUGAUGUCUCGAUCUCUUAAAUAACCAACAAGCCACCUUCAAAUCUUCAGCUAUGUCUAAUCACUAGUCGAAGGAGGAUUUUGCAGCUUGAAACCAAAUAUUGCAAGGACAAGUACCUCAUUGAAGCGUGUUUAUGGGGCACUAAAAAUGAUUUGCUGGCGUUUUUUUCCUAAUUUUUGAAGAUGAUUAUCUUGAUUUUAUCCAAAACCAAAAAAGUAGUAAAGCUAGAUUGGUCGUCUUAAAUACACUAUUGCCAUUGUUAUUUAGUAAUAUUAGCAAUCGCAU